GACAUGGGAGUAAACUGAUAAGUGCAAUAAACACAAAGAUCAUUACAGAGAAUUGUGAACUUUAAACAAGAAUAGGAAUUUCUCUAGUGUUUAGAAAUGGCUGUUCCUGGUAAAAAGAUGCCAAAACAUUUUUCUCUGUCAACUAUUGGCUCUGAUGAAGACAUGGUAUUGUACUGUCAGCCUUGUGAUCAUGAUGGUCCUCGACUCCCUGCCCAUGGUUACUGUGCUGACUGCAAUGAACAUCUGUGCGAGACUUGCUUUACACUUCACAAGAGACACACACUUUCAAGGCAUCAUACUCUUCUAGAUAAAAACAGCAUGCCACAAACCAUGUCUUCAGCCUCUGUGCAUCCAAGUCAGCCUGACAACCUUACCAAACCUUGUCCUAAACACAUGAAAAAAAUGAUCGAGUUCUACUGUCAGAACCAUGAAGCACUACUCUGCUGUGUAUGUGUUACACUUGAACACACAAGUACAUCUUGCAAAGUCGACUACAUACCAGACAUUUCUGGCCAGGUCAUUAACAGCAAAGAACAUCAAGAUAUCUUGAAAACUAUGGAUACCCUCACUGAGCGGUGUUGCAAGAAAUAUGAAGAUGUGAAGAAAAUAACAGCAAAGUCCAACAGUUCUCUGACAGAUGUACUGGCUGAUAUAAAAAUGUUUCGGAAAGAAAUAAAUCAAAGACUAGAUGAACUAGAAAAACAAGCUGAAGAUGCAGCAAAGACCAUCCAACAAGAAAAUAACAAGAACCUGAAGACAGUAGAAACAACUUGUAAUGAUGUUACCAAGUCUAUGAAGAUAUCAUCUGACACCAUUCAACAUCUCAACACAACUAAACAAGCAGACAAACUUUUCAUGGAGCUGAAAUUAGCUGAGCAAAUGAUCAAAGAUUACGAGAAACGUGUCCAACAGCUAACAGCAUAUGAUAUCAAAGAGUACAACUUUAAACCAAAUAAAACAGUAUCAACCCUACUUGAAAAGGAGAGGUCACUGGGUACAUUCACAGAGAAAUCAUUAAAACAACCAAGUCCUCCUCCAGCUGUUGAUAUAAAAUCCAGAAAAACUUCACAUCAGGGUGAAAUCUGUGUACAUACAUCAAAAGACAAAGUCAGAUGUGGGAUUUCAGGAAUGACUCUCCUUACUCCUGAUCUUCUUAUCAUCACUGACAGUUAUAACAAUGCUGUAAAAAUGGUGGAUACCUGCAGUCAAUCUGUAACUGAUCAAUUACUAGAAACUGGGCCAUGGGAUGUCACCUCAGUUACCAGCACUGAACUUGCUGUCACACUUCAUGACAAACAAAAUAUUCAGUUUAUAUCGGUCUCCUCAAACAAACUCAAGAAGAAACAAACUCUGAAGGUUGAUGGAGAAUGUUUUGGUAUAAGUUACUGUCAGGGGGAACUUGUUGUGUCAUUUGUUAAGCCUGCAAAACUCCAAAUUCUUGAUAUCAAUGGUACUGUACUGACAACAGUCAGAGGAGGAAAUAUAUUCAGCAUGCCAGUAAAUGUUACCACUAACACUGAUUCUAUCUAUGUAUCUGACUGGAAAAUGAAAAAAAUUACAAGGUUAAACUGGCAGGGUGAGGUGAUCAGUAGUUAUGGUGGUUUGACUUGGCCUAUUGGUAUAACACUGUCAGAUGAUGGUACUAUUUUUGUGUGUGACAAAAAGAGCAAUGAUAUAGAAGAGAUAGCAGGUGACUGUUCUACAGGAAAAGUUAUGCUGAAGAACCUCAAUGCUCCCUAUGCUGUAUGUUGGUGUGCUGAAACAAGACAACUGUUCUUCAGCUGUAAUGCUUUACCAGAUAAAAAUAACUUUCUCCAGGUCUUCAAGCUGUCAUAA